GUUACAACUGAUGAUCGGAAAUGCCCCCAACUCUUGAAACAACCAUGUGGUUCUCGUUUUGGAACAGCUAUAACUGCAGUUUCAGAUCUCAACCUGGAUAACUACAAUGAUGUUGUCAUUGGGGCACCUUUAGAAGACAGCCAUAAGGGUGCAGUCUACAUCUUCCAAGGAUCUGGUACAACCAUUAACAAAAAAUAUUCACAGCGCAUCUCUGCAUCUGCACCAGAUGUUCAUUUCAAUUACUUUGGCCAAUCGAUCGAUGGGCAAAUGGAUUUAAAUGAUGAUGGUCUAGUCGAUAUUACAGUUGGAGCACUAGGUGGUGCUGCCCUCUUCUGGUCCCGUGACAUAGCUCAAGUCAGGAUAACCAGACUGAAAUUUCAACCCAACAAGAUCAAUAUGCAGAACAAGAAUUGUGUGAUUGAUGAGAAGCCAACAGUGUGUAUUACAGCAGAGCUUUGUUUCAAUGUUAGUCUGAAGUCUGGUAAACAGCCAUCACAACCAAUUGUUCUUGAAUACAGCAUUGCAAUAGACUCUGCACGUCGAAUCUCCAGAGGACUCUUUAAUGAAACACAUGAAAGAAAUAUCCAACGAAAUAUCGCUCUACCUUUAUAUAGCUGUGUCAAACACACCUUCUACAUGUUGGAUGCUCCAGAUUUUCUAAACCCCGUGGAAUUUCUGGUGGUGUUUGCGUUAUCAAAUCCAGAGGAUGGACCAGUUCUAGAUGCCAGUUUACCAAAUAAAAAGAAAGCUUUGGUAUCUUUCACAAAGGAUUGUGGAGAAGAUGACGAGUGCAUCAAUGAUCUGACACUUAGUGCGCAUGCAGACUUGAAGGGUGACAAGUAA